AAGCAUAACCGGACGUUAUUUGUACGGUUAGCCUCGUCUGCUAAGAAAACGCUGUUUUUAAUGGGAAACCAAGGUUGUUGAGGUCUGUGGUGGGCAGAGCAGGUUGAAGGUUGCUGCAGGUUGCAGGGCCCCGUGGAGCAGACGAGCUGUGCCAGUCCCCCUCUUUUUCCUCUCAUGUCCCCCCCUGUGUGUGUCCCUGUGUGUCAGUGACCCCUCAGCCCCACCCGACCCCCGCCCGACCCCUCCCGCCGUGUCUCAAUCCAUGCUUGGGACAAAGCCAGCUCACUGCCAGCCCAAUGACUGCCUGGAUUGUCCUGCCUGUCAGCCUGUCCGCCUUCUCCAUCACAGGAAUAUGGAUAGUGUACGCCAUGGCUGUGAUGAAUCACCACGUGUGUCCGGUGGAGAACUGGUCUUACAAUGUGACCUGCACAGAGGAGCUGCCCCGUCCAGGUUUCCCCAAGACCUGCUGCACGCUGCAGGACAUUCCCCUCAUCAGUAAAUGUGGCUCCUACCCUCCUGAAAGCUGUCUGUUCAGCCUGAUCGGCAACGUCGGAGCCUUCAUGGUGGUGAUGGUGUGCCUUCUGCGCUACGCCCAGGUGAUCGAGCACAGCCACCGCUGCUGGGUCAACACCAGCGCUCUCGUGUCGGGCUGCACCAACGCUGUGGGCCUGGUCAUGGUGGGCAACUUCCAGGUCGAUCACGCCAAAUCUGUGCACUACGUGGGAGCCGGGGUGGCGUUUCCCGCAGGGCUGCUGUUUGUGUGCCUGCAGUGUGUGCUCACCUACCGGGUGGCCGUCACCGCCCUCGACUACUGGAUGGCCCAUUUCCGAGUGGCUCUGGCGCUGGGGGCCAUGGUCUCCCUCGUCCUCAGCGGCAUCUUCUUCAUCCACGAGAGCUUCGUCCUGCAGCACGCCGCCGCCAUCUGUGAGUGGGUCUUCACGGUGGACAUCCUGGUCUUCUACGGCACCUUCACCUACGAGUUCGGCACCGUCACCAGCGAGACCAUGAUGGCAGGCCUUCAGCAGAGUCACCACCACGGCUCAGGGGUCAUCAUGGGCCCCGGGGCCCGGGGCUCGACGCUGGGCGGCGCGACUAAGGGCCUCAAGUCCCCCGGAGGAAGCAGCACGUCCACACAUCUCAACUGUACGCCAGAGAGCAUAGCCAUGUUGUAGCCCUGACACGUGACCGCGGAGGACGGCGUCCACAGGAAGGAAGAGGACGGCAGCAGAGGUCGAACCACUGAAGUCGUCUGUAACUACGUUUUAUUUCUUCUUCACUUUUCUGCCCCACCAGCCAAAUGUUUCCUGUAGGGAUGCUGAAAGGUUGGCUGAAUGUGAGGAUCCAGUCUGAGAACUGGAGCCAUGAAGGUUUUCUCAGAUGGUCUUUGGUUUGGGCGACUCUUCACGUCACUUUGUUGUUUAGUUUCUGUCGCUGUGCUUCACUGGUGGCCCACAAAGUUUCCUGCCCUCCUUCGUGAAGGACCCGUCACCCGGCUGAUUGGGUCUCUGCACGGCACACUUUCUGAAUGAGAGAAUAACCGCUAAUGUUUGAGUUUGUGUAGUAAGUAGAAAAUACUGAAUGUUUGACACGUGAGUAGUUUCGUAUGUUUUUCAGGCUGUGAGCAAAAGGCCUUUUUUAAUCCAAUCCAGCACAAACGAUCCGUCAGCAGACUGAAAAAUCGUUCAUUUCAUCCGACAGCUUUAUUUGAUCACACAGAUGAUUUUUAAUACAAAUUCUGAAGGUUUUUCCACAGUAUUCAUGAGCCGCUGCUGCUCUGUUCUGCUGUAGUGACGAGGACCACUGAGAGCCUUCGAGUCGGCCCACGAGACGCACGGUCACGUCCGUUCUUUGUAACACUCGGCUUCACGCUGCUGUUUUCUGUCGUCGACUGUCCGGUGCAAUAAUCAGCAUCAGUCGUGAUAAUUCGCGCUCCGCCGCAGUGAGAAAUGCCUUUUGAGCACGUCGGCGGUGAACACGAGAUCCUUUUUGCUUUAAGAAAAGUGCGAGAGAACAAAGUGACCUACACGCUAUAGUGAGUUAUAAUCCGACUAACUCGUCCACACGUGGUCUGGUUCCGGGCUGGACCCUUGGAAGCCUUAUUUGAGUUGUGUUGAAUCUGAUUGUCGUAGACUUUGUGCCAUAAGCCUCACGAUGUUGAUUUGGUGUAACGCGGGUCGUAGACUCGGCCGUGAGGAAGCUCAUUUCUGCCAGUGUGACCGAGACGGGAAAAGAUCAUUGAAGUGGAGGUCAGCUGACACGUUUUUAUACACGCAGUAUGAUGUGCUGAUUGCUGCUCAGUUUGCUACACGUUCAAACGGUUGAUGUUUCCAAGUUUUAGACGGCGGCAGUUUAAACGCUCCGUUCUGCUGUUCAGGUACUUCUGACUCACCUGUCAUUUACUUACCCCCGUGACAUUUUCUCAUUGUUUUACUGACCCAUUUAAGCAACCAAAUCAAAGUUUCUCUUCAUGACUUGCAGGAUCUUUUUUUAAUCCUCACACUGGACUUGUGGGCUUCCUUACAGGUGAAUGUGUGUCGUCAUGAGGUUUUUCUAUGAUUUCCUGUUGCCAGUUUGUCACCUCCAGACUGCCACAAAGUGAAGCUGACUGAGGUGACACCUCCUCUGCACUUCUGAGUGUAACCACUGGAUGGCAGCAGGACGUGUGACAGGUCACUUCUCCUACCUCUUUUAUCCUCUGUGGGUUUGAUAUUGAGGCACAGCUGAAGUCCCAGCAUGUUUUCAUCUCACAGUGUUUGGAUGUUAAAGUGUUUUCAUGUGAUGGCGUCUCAGCAGUUUUCUACGGAAGCCCUGAGAGGUCAGUCAGAAGUCUGAAUAAGUAGUUUUCUCUCCUGAAGAUAAAAAGGUUUUGCCGGGACAAUCUUUACUUAAAUUUGUUUGUUUUUGAAAUACCCUUUGAAAAAUGAUCCCAACCAAGACUAUUUUCACCUGUUUUCACAGAGGGGGAAAAACACAGCAACUUAAAGAUUAUCCUGGCAAAACCUUUUCCCGCCGCUCUGAAGUGAACACGGGUGAGAAAAGGUUUUGAUUUCCCUCUCGGGGCUUCAGUCUGCUGAGCGUGUGAUCAGGCAUCAGCUGUGUUUUUGUUUUGUGCAAAUGUUUUAAGUUCCUUUGCUUUGUGGGACUGCAGCAGCCCUGAUGUUGCCAAAAAAACGACAGGAGUUCUGAUUGGCUCCCUGAGCGUCAGGUGAACUGGACUGGGUGCACUGUUCUUAGCCUUAUCCCUCGUGCUGUGCCAGGGGAACGUCUUCGGACGCUUUCUUUUUUAACUCUUGUGUUCGGCUGUAGCUUAUGUCACCACACUGUAACUGAGUCACCACGUGUGACUACAGACGGCAGCUUCACAUCCGGCUCGGAUUGGUUCUCCAACUGCACCACCUUCCUCCGGCCAAAAACCCGAAGGUGGACUCGACUACCUGUUGUCUUUAUGUUCUGUCAAAGUUCUGUCACAUCAGAGUCCUGAGUCACUAAAGGCUGCCUGUACACGGCGCGAACUUUUAAAAACAGACGUCAGAAAUCAAAGUACCCGUCUCACUUCCUGGAUGUGAAACGUUUGUAAGAGAAGGACAAGAGAACAGAAAUCCCUGAAGACAAGUGGGCACUGAUCAUUUUGUUUCCUUUUAUAAAUUCUGUAAAUAUGUAUGAUUUGUCUAUGAUUUAGGUAUUUUCAUUUGACAGAGAUUUAUAUUCAAAUAUGAAAUAAAAAUGAUAAAUUAUUAGCAGA